UCCAAUACACAACGUUAGAAGGCAACGUUCCGUGUCAAAAUUUUAUAUAACAACUGCUUUGCAUGCAAAAUUCAAGAAAUAUUUAAUUUAAUCUAAAUUGGAUAGUGCACGGUGGAAGGUGAAAAAUUAAAAAAAAUCAUAAAAUUCGCGCCAAUAAAUGACAUUAAAAAAUGACAGUGACUUUUGCGUACCUAUACAGCCAAAUAUAUGCGGACAAAAAAGUUUUAAAGUGAUUUUGAAACUAUUAUUAUUUAAUUAAAUAUAAUUGUGGUGGAAUUAAAGGUGACGAUAUGCCCCAGAUUUUCUUCAAAAAAGUAAUGGUGGUGCGGGAUCGUAACGACUUCGAGAAUGCCAGUUAUGUGAUCAACAGACGCUAUUCGCGGAGCAAAAUGUCACCCGUCUGCCACAACUUCGUACAGAAUGCGUGGAAAAAAGAUUUUUGCUCUAACUGCUUCAAAUCACGCGAAGAACACGUCAAGCAAGACAAGACAUCGGAUGGUAGUAAAUAUUUAGCGACUCCAUUCCAAAACAGAAGCACAUUCUUUAAGAAGACCCCACCGAGUAUUCUUAAAGUUCACUCGAAGAAAAAGAGCAAACGUAACGUACGAUUUCCAGAAGAAGUAUGCAGUGUAAUAGGAUAUGGAGGUGACGACUGGUCUGACGGAGAAGAAUUCGAGGUCUCCGAAGACAACGACGUAGAUGAUACAUUCCCAGACACUGAAGAGGAAAGAGAGCUACACAGAAUAACAAAAUCUAACACUGAUUUUAACACAGUGAAAGCUAAUCUGCUUGGCGAUUCAGUUGCUAAGUCUUAUACUUCGUUAAUGCUAGGUAAAGUACAAACAGACUCUGAUGGAAAGAAGAAAACUUUAAUGGUGUCAGUUACCCCGUUCGGACAAGAUAACAAGAACUCCCCAAUCAAAACGCACACUCGAAAACCCGCUGUCAUUAACGUUAGUGACCCUCCCACCGAAGAGACAUCAAGUAAUUAUAAAACAAAUAUCAUUCUCUCUACUUACAUUAAGGAAUCUGAAACAAUUAUAACAACAGAAGGUGUUAAAUCAUCUGAUGCUAUUUUAUGCACAGAAAAGUCACUACUGGAAGAAAUAUCUGAAACUUUACAGCAGAACAGGCUGGGGGGUGGUACUGACUUAAACUUAUCACAAAAUAAUAACAAACCAACUGUUGUCGAAGAAAAAAUUAAGGAAAGUAUGCAAGAUGACUUUGAGAGAAAAGAGACGUCUGAAACAAAGAAGAAUGGUAUUGUAAGAAAAUCCCCGUUACCUAAGACUCAAGAGAGACCAAAAGUUAAUCUUAGUAGAUCAGAAUUUAAGUUUUGUAAGAUAAACAUUGAAAGUAGCAGUGUUGAUUCGGCUGUGAGUACAUCGAAUUCAACCGCUAAUAACUCAUUCACUUCUGACGAUGAAAGCUUUAGUGUAAGAACUGACUCCGAUAACGAUGACAGUGGCCAUUUCUCCGAGUCACACAAAUGUGAAGAAACUGUAAAAAUCAAGGUAUUUAACGAAAGCGAUAAAAACAUUAAAAUGUCACCUAUAGGACAGGUGAGAAAGGUAGAUGGGCAAGCCCAUAGUGGAUAUUCAACAUUCCAAAGUCCUAUUAUAGAUAUGCCACCUAUCAUUCCACAACAAGAAGCGAUUUUCUCCGCGGAAGCAAGUCGAGAACUGGCUGGGGAACCCGAUGGAAGAGCGGACCCCGAUGAAUCUAGUGAAGCCCCGGCCUUACCUAAAAGCCCAGUACCUACUAUGGAUCCCCGUCCAUCAUUCCUACAUGGUAUGAUCACUGAUAUAAUGCCGUCGAAACCGGUCGUACCAGAAAAGCCCAAGCUUCCUGUAAAACCAGCCAUAAAACAAACGACCAAGAAAAGUAAUACCGCAAUGCAAAAUAUUAUGCAAACAACAAAAAAAGACGAGGAGAAAGUUCCGCGACAUGUAAAUGAGGAUAGGAAUGAUGAAUUGUGCGAGGACAGAUCGGAUGCUUUAUAUUACGCAAAGCCAGUAUUGACCAAACAAGAUAGUGACACUUCACUUAGCAGUAUGUGCAAACGGAAAGCACCGACCCCACCUUUAUCCCCAACGGAGGAGUUUUCUAAUAAUAUUUACCAAAGAAACGCAAACGGUUUCAUGAAGUCUGACUCACCAGUCGUUCGCGAAAUGGAAAAACGCGAAAGGGCCAUUAUGUCAUCUUCUCCAAAACAAAAACAUUCAAACGAGCCGGAUCUCUGCAAGAGUGACAUUCCAGAACCAGCACCUAGAAGAAAUAUUUCCCUAUCUCAUGACAAUUUACUUUUAGAUGAAAAGCGGAAAGGAAAGCUAAAGUUCUCGAUCAAAAAAUUAUUGCGCAUCGGGUCUUCUAAAGACCUGGAUAAAAAAGAGCUCAGUGUGCCAACCGUCACAAAAAUGAUGACUAAAACUGAAGAUAUUUACGAUUUGACACCAAAACCGAAGCCGCGGUUAGUGAUCAUACAUCCUCUGGAUAUCAACGGAUCGAGUGUUGAAGUUGUGAAAUCGAAUGGCGAGGCGUCAGAGAACCUGAGGCGGCUGAGUCACGACGAUGUGUCGUCAAUAUACAGCGUCUGUAGUUCCGCGACAGAUGACAUGCCCAAGGUCGUGAACAAGCCGCCUCCGCCUCCGAGGUUAUCGAGUGAAGACUACAAAAACACUUCCAACGUUCCCAAACCGGCGAGACCGCCCCCUCCGAAAUCUAUUGCUCUACAAAAGAAACAAAAACAACAAACUUGGGCAGCCACACCUACCAACGCUGACAACAUUUAUGCUAAUUUAGGAGAAAUACGAUCAGCGCUGGCGCCAAGAAAACCAGAAAGGACAGCGAGCAUGCGCGAACGGGAAACCCAAUUAGAAUUGCUCAAACGUAGAUCACCCAUAGAUGAUGACAAAGACGAUAUAGAUGAUGGACCACAAGAACUAGUGCAAGCCACAAACGAGCCAGUUAUCAACAGCUACGACGACGUAUACAACACCGGUAAAUACGACGAGGAAAACUGCGACUCAGCUAAAAAUAGUGACAGCGAUUACGAAUACGUGAACCACGCACGCUCUAGUUCACCCGAAUGCGACUCCGCCAUAAAGCCCAGAGAAGAACGCGCAGAACGCAAGACUGAAACCACCGAGUUCCCGAAAUACAACUUCCGUUCAUCCCUACCGUACUGUGGAAGCGAAACGGAGUCAGAAAUAUACUCCCCAUACAGCUUCUAUAGUUCGAACGAUAACAUGGACAAUUCUAACAACGAAGAUUACCAGUCGGACAUGACGCCAAAGACCACGACGAACAAAUUGCGUGUCAGGAAGGGAAGGAGCGUGGUCCACAAGAACUUGGAGGAUAAUUACGGGGCCGUGGUCAUCGCGAAUCACGAAGCGCUAGCGCAGGUCUUGGAACAGGUCCAACAAAGCGCAGCCAUGCAACCCUCACUCCGCGGCUUGAAAGCAUGCACCAAUUUACGCUGGAACGACUUCACAAUCCAGCAGAAGCACACGAAAGCCGGCAAGCGGUUCUUCUACCCAGCAGUCUGGAAUUCCAACCAAGGGCCGGUGAAUGUAACCCUAAUGGUGCACAAGGAACACAUGGGCUCGCAGAUGGUCUGCCAGUCGGUGCAACCGCAGACGUUGAGUUUGAACGCUAUAACCGAGUUCUGCGACUUGGUACCGUUGCAGCAGUUUGAAGAGGAUGGGGAGGAUCUGGUUCAAGCUACCAUAGUAGUACUCGCGCACGCACACGCAGACACCAUCCACACCUACGGCGAACAUCUCCACACAGCCAACCUCACUACUAAAGAACAUCAAUUAGUUCAAACCGAACAAAUCCACGAAGCAAUCUUCUUGAUGCUCCAAAUUAUAAUAGGACUAAAGUGUCUCCAAGCUAGAGGCGUGGAAGAAGUACCAGAAACGUUAACAUCGUUUAUAAUUUUCAAAGAAAAUAUGGGCAGUGCUAACACGUCGGCGUCUGAAGACAGACUGAACUCUCUGUCCGCUCCCAAGACCAAUUGUUACGGCAGAUUGUGUAUUUUGCAAGGGCUAAGCGAGGACUGCAGCAAACAGGACGAUGAAAACCUCUCUUCACUAUGCAAAUGUGCGAUCAAAGCCCUAGAAAUCCUGCUCCCUGGAGAGAAGUUAUCACCACUCCUAAAAGAAGUAUUACAAGAAGAACGCGCGAUAUCAUUGAACCAAGCGAAAUCGGUUCUAGAGUUUAUGCUUUGGGGUCCGCUAGAUGUCGUACAAGGAGUGCCUGUAGAUGAAAGAGAACUAUCGCUACAAAGGUGGCUGGAUCUCGAAAGAGCCACAGUUUUACACGGUUUAGUGCGAACAAGAAUACAACUGAAUGUCUUCGAACAAUUACAUUUAAUGUUCUUGGUCCGGUCCACCGCUAAGGCGAUGUGUGACGCGUCUGUGUUGCUAGAAAAAGCGACUGUGUAUUAAUAGCUUUACUUUAAAAAGAGAAACGCAUUUGUUUUUAAAUAAUGGCAACCCGUUUUUAAAUACGAAUGCGAAACCUCGUUAAUUGUUAGUGUAAGAUUAUAUAUUUAGUUAUUGGGCACUCGAUCAACAUUUUAGCAGUCCUUUUUAUUUAUUGGCAAUCUUGUUUUUAAGUUUAGAAAUAUUGACGAUCGCUACGCGUACUUAAAACUAACCUCUCAUAUCCAUAUUAAAAGACUAUAAGAUAAAAUUAACAUAGCUUUAUAUUGUUUAAAAACUGUGUAGCAUUCGACGUCGAAAAAACGAAAAUUUUACAUUUACGAAUACAGAGUAUAAAAUCUUGUAAGUAUAGAUAAAAAAUAAGUCCAUGAAAUGUCAAAAUUGUCUUGCCAAAUCAGGACUAGCUAUACCAUAAAGUGCCAACGAAUCUUGUACUGAUACUCAACAAUCGGUGCCUUGUAUUAUAAUACACUAACAUAAUUGUAAAUGCAUGUAUUUAUAUUACUUAUAUCUAGCGUACAAGCGACUCUAUAGUUCAAAUAAUUUUCAUACUUGUAUUAAUUUUUAUCGAAUAAAGAUAUACGUAUAACUUA